AUCAUACCCCGCCAAGCCCAGUCCUUUCUGUAACACUUUGUUGCCAUUGCCACAACCCUGAACAUCUAUGAAGCAUGUUUACCAUGCUGUUCAUGGGUUACCAUGGUGCUCAUUCCUCAACCACCAGAGAGUGAUUUAAACAUCACUGCUUAUGGUUGAGGAAUAUUGAGGUUUAGUUUGAGGUCAUUGUAAAAACACAAUGUUUUGUCAUGCAGCCGCUUUUUUCCCCAAAUGUUUGAUGUAGUCAGCUUUAUUAGGCCAGAACAUGAGAUGAUGUCCUCAUGAGAGGGGCUUUCCCAGAUCUGUCUGUCUUUCCAGGAACUUUUGGCCACACUUAACUUGACCACAACACCACAAAUAUGAUUUAUUCUUAAUGUGGAAUAAUUUUUGUCUGGAUCAAUCCAUAUAACCCAGAGAAAAAAUUUAGUCAGCACUUCUUUACUGGUAUUUAUCAGUAAGGAAAUGACAUCAGUUCAGCCCAUGUUGCUUUAGGAAUGUAGGCGUGUCAUAGAUUCACACCUCUACUGGUUUUGGCUUGGCAUUCCUGAUACUACAAUCUCUGAUCUCUGUGCACAACUCAAAUGACGUGUACUACUAUUGUAAAGUACAUUUUCCCCCUGGUCAUUUGUCUCGGAUACCCCUUUUCCACCAACAAGAUCCUGGUGCCAAAGUACCUAUUCUGACACAAUUCUGCACAUUUCCAGAAGGAUUUUCCUUAAAACUAGGCCACUCCCGUUGUCCUUAAAAAGUUUCCUAAAUUGGAAGCACCCGAUUGGUGUGUCUUGAUGCACAUUCAGUUGAUGGGCACUCCUUGUUCUCCCCAUUUGUUCAUAAGUGAAAUUUUAUUUACUAAAAACAUAUAUGUGAAUUGAUUGCUAAGAAAUUUAUUUUCAUAUUUGCAUAACUUCUGAUGCUACAUCAAAGCAAUAUGUAAAGACAGAUCAGAUACAUCAUUCGGCUGUCAAGUAAAUGGAGGUUCGCCCUGAAUGCUAUCCAAGCACAAGCUCUGGAAUGUCCAUUUUAGAGGAAAACGGGUAAAGGUGACAUUUAGCCUGAAUUUUUAUUCAUAAGCCACAAGGGAAAGGUGAUUUUGGGAAAACGGAGGAAAAUCAUCAGCAUCAUGACAUCCAAGAUCUGCCUUAAUUUACUUAAUGGAUUUUCUCAUAACAAAUUAACCAAACAUUUUUUUCAUGUGUGCUAUAAAAUAUGAUUUUUAUAUUCAUUCCAUGUCUCAAGUGUGUGUUUUGUGUUUUUCUUUUUUCAUUUUGGUCCCUUCGUAAUAACCAACCACCAUGUCCGUUUGAAGUGUUGUAUAUUUUAGAUGCCGCUUUGCCUUCUACUUUGUGUUAAAGAUGUUUAACUGCUUCUUGCAAUGAUGUGGAGCUGUGUCAUGUUUAACUGUGUUUGAGUUGCCUUUUAGUGUUGUUUUAUAUUUCCUUUUUUUGUGUUUUGUUUUUUUGCAUUUUUUGCAUGCUUAACAUGGCUAUUUUCUGGAUUAUUCUUUUGCAACAGCUUGCACAACUACAAAAAGAAAAGUCAGAAAUACUGAAGAAUUUAGCUCUAUAUUACUUCACAUUUGUGGACGUUAUGGAAUUUAAGGACCAUGUUUGUGAACUUCUGAACACUAUUGACGUUUGUCAAGUUUUCUUUGACAUUACUGUAAAUUUUGACCUCACAAAGAACUACCUGGAUUUGGUGGUGACGUACACUACCCUGAUGAUGCUGCUUUCUCGAAUUGAGGAGCGCAAAGCGAUAAUCGGCCUCUACAACUAUGCCCAUGAAAUGACACACGGUUCAAGUGAUCGAGAAUAUCCCAGGCUUGGACAGAUGAUUGUGGACUAUGAGAACCCACUGAAAAAGAUGAUGGAGGAGUUUGUCCCUCAUGGAAAAUCACUGCAAGAUGCACUGGUCUCCCUGCAGAUGGUGUACCCACGCCGGAAUCUGUCUGCAGAUCAGUGGAGGAACGCUCAGCUGCUCAGUUUGAUUAGUGCUCCCAGUACCAUGCUCAAUCCAGCUCAGUCAGACACGAUGCCCUGUGAAUAUCUAUCCUUGGACACAAUGGAGAAAUGGAUUGUCUUCGGGUUCAUCUUGUGUCACGCGGCUCUGAACAGUGACCCUGCAGCUCUCAGUCUGUGGAAGUUAGCUCUUCAGAGCAGUUCCUGUCUCUGUCUGUUCAGGGACGAGGUGUUCCACAUUCACAAAGCUGCUGAGGAUCUCUUUGUAAACAUUCGCGGUUACAACAAACGUGUCAAUGACAUCCGUGAAUGCAAAGAAUCUGCUCUGUCACAUGCGGGCUCCAUGCACAGAGAACGCCGCAAGUUCUUGAGGUCUGCCCUGAAAGAGCUCGCUACAGUACUGGCGGACCAACCAGGCUUACUGGGUCCCAAGGCUCUGUUUGUGUUCAUGGCUCUCUCUUUCGCCCGUGAUGAGAUCAUUUGGCUGCUCAGACACGCCGACAAUAUCCAAAAGAAAAGCACAGAUGACUUCAUUGACAAGCACAUCGCAGAGCUGAUCUUUUACAUGGAGGAGUUGAGGGCACAUGUGCGGAAGUACGGCCCGGUGAUGCAGAGGUACUAUGUGCAGUACCUGUCCGGCUUUGAUGCCGUGGUGCUCAAUGAGCUAGUACAGAACCUGUCUGUCUGCCCAGAGGAUGAGUCCAUUAUUAUGUCGUCCUUCGUGAACACGAUGACCUCUCUCAGUGUUAAACAAGUUGAAGAUGGGGAAGUGUUUGAUUUCAGAGGGAUGAGGCUGGACUGGUUUAGACUGCAGGCUUACACCAGCGUGUCCAAGGCCUCGCUAGGACUGGCAGAUCACAGGGAGCUGGGAAAAAUGAUGAACACCAUCAUCUUCCACACCAAGAUGGUGGACUCUCUGGUGGAGAUGCUUGUGGAGACUUCUGACCUUUCCAUUUUCUGCUUUUACAGCCGCGCCUUUGAAAAGAUGUUCCAGCAGUGUCUCGAACUGCCGUCCCAGUCUCGAUACUCCAUCUCUUUCCCUCUGCUCUGCACCCACUUUAUGAGCUGCACCCAUGAGCUCUGCCCUGAAGAGAGGCACCACAUCGGAGACCGCAGCUUGUCCCUUUGCAACAUGUUCCUGGACGAGAUGGCCAAGCAAGCCCGCAACCUCAUCACAGACAUAUGCACAGAGCAGUGCACCCUGAGCGACCAGCUACUGCCAAAACAUUGUGCCAAAACCAUCAGUCAGGCCGUGAACAAGAAGUCGAAAAAGCAGACGGGGAAGAAGGGUGAACCGGAGAGGGAGAAGCCUGGUGUUGAGAGCAUGAGGAAGAACAGACUCCUGGUCACCAAUCUGGACAAACUGCACACUGCUCUGUCAGAGCUCUGCUUCUCCAUCAACUACGUCCCCAACAUGAUGGUCUGGGAGCACACCUUCACCCCACGCGAGUACCUGACCUCCCACCUGGAGAUCCGCUUCACUAAGUCCAUAGUCGGGAUGACCAUGUACAACCAGGCCACACAGGAGAUUGCCAAACCAUCAGAGCUGCUCACCAGCGUGCGGGCCUACAUGACAGUGCUGCAGUCCAUCGAGAAUUAUGUGCAGAUUGACAUCACCAGAGUGUUCAACAACGUGCUGCUGCAGCAGACCCAACACCUCGACAGCCACGGAGAACCAACCAUCACCAGCCUCUACACCAACUGGUAUCUGGAGACUCUACUGCGGCAGGUUAGCAACGGUCACAUCGCUUACUUUCCUGCCAUGAAGGCCUUCGUCAACUUGCCCACAGAGAAUGAGCUCACCUUUAAUGCGGAGGAGUAUUCUGACAUAUCUGAAAUGCGUUCCCUGUCUGAGCUGCUGGGUCCGUAUGGGAUGAAGUUCCUCAGCGAGAGCCUCAUGUGGCACAUCUCCUCCCAGGUGGCUGAACUCAAGAAACUUGUGGUGGACAAUGUGGAGGUUCUGACCCAGAUGAGGACCAGCUUCGACAAGCCGGACCAUAUGGCAGCACUCUUUAAGCGGCUCACAUCGGUUGACAGUGUGCUGAAACGGAUGACCAUCAUCGGCGUGAUUUUGUCGUUCCGCUCUCUGGCUCAGGAAGCUCUCAGAGAUGUGCUGUCCUGCCACAUUCCCUUCCUGGUGAGCUCCGUGGAAGACUUUAAAGACCACAUUCCUCGUGAAACUGACAUGAAGGUCGCCAUGAACGUGUACGAGCUGUCUUCUGCUGCAGGCCUGCCCUGUGAGAUCGACCCUGCUCUGGUAGUGGCUCUGUCUUCCCAGAAGUCUGAAAAUAUUAGCCCGGAGGAGGAGUAUAAGAUCGCCUGCCUGUUGAUGGUCUUUGUGGCCGUUUCCAUGCCGACCCUGGCCAGCAACGUGAUGUCACAGUACAGUCCCGCAAUAGAAGGUCACUGCAACAACAUUCACUGUCUGGCUAAAGCGAUAAACCAGAUUGCCGCUGCUCUAUUCACUAUCCACAAGGGCAGCAUAGAGGAUCGCCUCAAAGAGUUCCUCGCCCUCGCCUCCUCCAGCCUGCUGAAGAUUGGACAGGAGACGGAUAAAACCACUACACGGAACAGGGAGUCUGUUUACCUGCUCCUGGACAUGAUCGUUCAAGAAUCACCAUUCCUCACCAUGGACCUCUUGGAAUCCUGCUUCCCGUAUGUCCUGCUCCGGAACGCCUACCACGCCGUGUACAAGCAGUCUGUGUCUUCUUCCGCGUAAGAGUUCCCGUGCGUAGAGCACUCGAGGGGCGGAUACUUCAGCCCUCAUUCCAUAUUCCUCUGUAGGAUUCUCCAAUGUUAUAGUCUUACCAGUUCAAGACUUUUAAUGGGAUCAAAACUUUUAUGACACUGAAUAAAGAGGGAAAAAAAUGAUUUGUUUAUUGACCACUUACAAAUAAUCGAGUUUGAUCCCAGGGACUAGUGACACUAAGUAUCAUUUUCGACCAUUUUUUUUGGUUUGUGUUUUAAUUUGCAAUGGUUAAACAUGGAAACAACCACAUUGAAUAGUUAAUUGUGUGUGUUGGGACGUGGGGGGAGGGCAAGGGUGAAUUAUUAAAAACUCUACAUCAUGCUAAAUGCUUGUUACGAUAACAGAUGCCUCUAUGAAACAGUGAUUCUUUUUUUGAUGUUGUUCUAGAUCUAAUCUGUGUGGGUUACUGCGUGCUUUUUCUCUCUCUCUCCCUCCCUGUGAAUUUGCAUUUAUUUUCAUUACACUUUGUGUUCCUUUGACAUACUUGCCAAAUUAAUGGAUAUAACAGCAUCUCAUUUGGAUUGAAACGGCAGAAUUGUGCAUAACUACAUGUUAUAAAAGCAACCUAGUGUUGUUUGUACAAAGCAUAGUAUAAUUUUUUAACUAACUUUCAUGAUGCCUUGUGGCAUUGACACUCCAUUGUACCUGUCUGUGAGCUACAAUAAACAUUCUUACAUAUUUA